AUGGCUACAGAGACGAGAAGCUCGGCUGCGGCCGGCGCGAAGCCUUUUGACAUCGUCGCAUCAUACAAUGAGCUCCUGCGCUCCGAUCCCGAUCUCACAAUGCCCAUCGCGGCCAUUGAAGCCCUCGUACUGCUUCUUACGAAGGAGCCUUCCUCAACUAUCUCAGAAACCCUUGACCUCCUCGAAAAGUCUACUACAAUCUUGAAAAAAGCCAACCCCAACCCCAUUGGUCUCUCCGCCGGAACCGAUCUCUUUCAACGAUAUUUGAUCACCACAUUACAACGACCUGGUCAACUAGGCCCCGCUGGUGACUUCAAGGCUAUUCGAACACAUCUUUUGACAAACGGCCGACUAUUCAUCCGUCGCGCAAAGGAGAGCCGAGAGAAGAUUGCGGCUUUUGGCCGAGGGUUCAUCCGCGACGGCUGCACGGUGCUUACCAAUGGUGGAUCCAGAGCUGUCGCGUCUCUGUUGCAGAAGGCUACAGCCGAUGAGGGUCUCCCGUCCGCGGUGCGCUUCCGGGUGAUCUACGUCUUGUCUUCAUUCAAGAAUGCCGACGAUCCUUCUGGGGAGCCGGAGGGUAUGGAGACGGUGCGGGCCUUGAGAGCCAAGGGUGUCCCCGUUUCAACGAUUCCGGAGUCAGCAGUCGCGUAUGCUCUUGGAAAAACAGAUAUGGUUAUUGUCGGGGCUGAAGGCGUCGUUGAGAACGGUGGUAUCGUGUCCCGCAUGGGUACUUACCAGAUUGGCCUUCUGGCCAAGGCCAUUGGGAAACCCUUCUACGUGGUGGCGGAGAGUCACAAGUUCGUUCGAUUGUAUCCUUUGGGCCAGUACGAUCUGCCAAUCAACCAGCACGUUAUCGACUUCAAAUACGAUGAUGAUAUUACCGAGCAGAAAGAGGAGCCGACCACACCCACGAAUGGAGACCGACAAAUCGAGUUGCCGCUGUGCGACUCGGUGGACUUCACACCGCCGCACCUUAUCUCAGCACUCAUUACAGAUAGUGGUGUCUUGACACCCAGUGCUGUCAGCGAGGAGUUGAUCAAGAUCUGGUUCUAA